AUGCCGGAGUGCGUGUCGGUGCCAGAGUUCGUGCAUGAGGUUCAGGAGGACUGGAGCUCCCCCACCACCUCCUCCUUCACCUCCAAGAUGAUCAGCUGCAGGAACACCGUCUACCUGCUGGAGGAGGCUCUGGACAGUGACCGGUUGGUGUUGCAGAAGAUGAAGAAAGCUGCUAAAGCCAAAUACUCUGCAGGACAAGACCACGUGUCUUACCUGGAGCAAUACAUUCAAUCGAUGGAGAAGCUGUCAGUCAACUGUCACUCAAAUGGAGAGACGGAGGUCGGCUCCGCUUUCUGUCGCCUUGCAGACUUUUCUAAAGAGCUCCUCUCGCCCAUGAAGAACCUGUUGAAGAGCAUGCUCCACAACAUCAACUUCUUCCUGGACUCUCUGGUUAAAGGAGACCUGAGGGAGGUGAAGGGGGACCUGAAGAAGCCUUUUGACAGAGCAUGGAGAGACUAUGAGAGCAGAUUUAAGCAGGUGGAGAAGGAGAAGAGGGAGUUGGCUCGUCAGUACGGGAUGGUGAGGAGCGAAGUGAGCGGAGGAGAGAUCGCAGAGGAGCUCGAGAAGGAGAGACGCUCCUUUCAACUGAGCAUGUGUGAGUAUCUGAUUAAGGUCAACGAGAUAAAGACAAAAAGGGGAGUGGACCUUCUGCAGAACCUUAUCAAGCAUUACCACAGCCACAACAACUUCCUGCAGGAGUGUGUUUCCACCACUCAGCGGUUGAAGCAGUACAUGGAGGAGCUGAACGGAGUCCUGACGUCGGUGAAGCAGCGUCAUGAGGAGGAGAAGAGACAGCUCGUGACUCUCAGAGAUCAGCUGAGGCCGGUCGUCCACACAGAGCAGGACACUUUACCCAAACAGGUGUACAAUAUGCAUCAGCUGCUGGGAGACAAACAGUACGGCACAGAGAGAACAGGAUUCCUCUACAAGAAGAGUGAUGGGUUGAGGAAAAUGUGGCAGAAGAGGAAAUGUUCGGUUCACAACUGUUACCUGACCAUCGCACAUGCUACUCCUAAUAAACCUCCUACCAAACUCAACCUGCUAACCUGUCAGGUUAAACCCAGUGUGGAGGACAAGAAAUGCUUUGACCUCAUCUCGCAUAAUCGGACCUAUCUCUUCCUGGCUGAGGAUGAAUCUGAGUGUGUCGCCUGGAUCUCGGUGCUCAGCAACAGUAAGCAGGAAGCUCUGAGUGUGGCUCUGGACGGGGGGAGGAGAAGCGGAGGAGUCGGGGAGAGCAGCAUGGAUGAUUUGACCCGGGCCAUUACAGAUGACAUCAGACGGAUGCCAGGAAACAACAGCUGCUGUGACUGUGGAGCUCCAGAACCUGGAUGGCUCUCGACCAACCUGGGCAUCCUGACGUGUAUCGAGUGUUCAGGGAUCCACAGGGAGAUGGGGGUGCACAUCUCCCGGAUCCAGUCUCUGAGUCUGGACAGUUUGGGGACUUCAGACCUGCUGUUGGCCAGAAAUGUUGGUAACUCUGGUUUUAAUGAAAUACUGGAAGCAAACCUGCUGAGUCCAUCACUGAAGCCGUCCCAACUAAGCCACAUGGCGGAGCGUAAAGACUUCAUCCUGUCAAAGUAUCAGGACGUUCAUUAUGUGAGGCGGAGCCACAACUCUACUGUAGCGUUACAAGUCAGCCUGCAGGAGGCGACCAAGAACUGUGACAUCUACAGUCUGAUCCAGGUGUACGCUCAGAGGAUGGAGCUGAGCCAGCCGCUGCAUGCACACAUACAGGAAAAAGGGGAAACAGCACUGCAUCUAGCCGUCCUAUUGGCUGACAGGACAUCGCUGCACAUCCUGGACUUCUUGGCUCAGAACUGGUCAGUCUCCAAUGUGGACGCACAGACGACAGCUGGAAACACAGCGCUACACUACAGCUGUCUGCACAACAAAAGCGACUGUGUGAAACUGCUGCUGAGAGCCAGAGCCAACACACAUAUCAAGAACGAGUUAGGAGAGACCGCUUUGGACGUGAGCCGCAAGUUGAAGCACACCCACUGUGAGGCGCUGCUGCAGCAGGCCCAGUGCAACCAGUUUGACCAUCACGUCCAUGUGGAGUACGAGUGGAGGCUUCGCCAUGAUGAUCUCUACGACAGUGACGAUGACUUUGACGACAGGAAUGGUCCAGUAAAGAAGGAGCGCUCCUCAUCUUCUUCCUUCACCUCCUCCUUCUCUUUCUCCUCCCGUCCCUUCAGCUUCGGCCAGUCCACCCCCUCCUCCAUCACGCUCCCCUACUCUGUAGCACCAGGAGGAGCACCAGGAGGAGGGCUUCUCAGUGUAGGGAGGAGGUUGGCCAUGGCCAUGGAGCUCCACAGCCGGCCGUCUGGCUCUGUCCCUAGCCCUCCUCCGCCUCCCCCCUCCUCCCCUGCACCUCCGCUGCCCCCGAGGGUCAAAGCUCCCAGCGUUCCUCCUCCUCCGCCUCCUGCUGGUGGGGAAGGAAUCGGAGAGGAAGAGGAUGAAGGGGGUGAGGUCUUCUUCUCCUUCACAGGAAACAGAAAGACAACCCCUCCCCCUCCCAUCGCCGUCCGACACAAGAGAAGUUGCUCCGAGUCCAACAAGAAUGAUUAUGGGUUUCCAACCAGUCCCAGGAUCUACAGCGGUCCAGAUUCCUCCUUCAAGAAGUGUGUUCCAUCUUCUCCUCUCAGCUCGCUGACUGAACGACCAGACAGAGGUUUUCGGAGGGCGGACAGUGACACUAGCUCCUCCCACUUCCUGCACCCUAGCAGUAGAGCAAUGCCAAUCGAGUCGCCUACCAAUCAUCGCUCUCAGAGCUUUGAGAAUGAUUACAGAGGCCCCGCACCCCAGCCACUCCCUCGCAGGUCAUUGCCUCGGGGCAUGUCCAGUCGGCGGGCUCAGGCGCUGUAUGACUGCCAGGCCGACCAUCACGACGAGCUGAGCUUCUCUGAGGGACAGAUGCUGGUGGUUCUGGGACAGGAGGACAGCGAUUGGUGGCAUGGCUACAUAGAGGACGAACCGGACCAGAGAGGUUUGUUUCCGUCUUCCUUCGUCCAGCUGCUCUCAGACUGA